AUGGCCCAGAUUCAGAAAGAGGAAGAAGCUCGCAAGAAGCGUCUCGCGGCUGCUGCAGCCACUCAGGCCGCCGCAGCUGUCGGUGUUGCUCCUGUCCAGCAGUCUGCCGCUGGCAAGAGAUAUGCUGAUCUUGCCAGCAAGGUGGCAUCGUCUCCUGCCCCUGCUAGUCCUGUUCCUGGCAUCGGAGGUGCUUGGACCACUGUCGGUGCAAGUGGCAAGGUCAAGACUCCUCUGCCUGCCCCCACUCCCGUUGCCAACAGAGUGGCCAGCUCGACCGUGCUUCCUACUGUAGCAGCCGUCAAGAAGACUGUUCCCGCCCGAGCAACCGCAGGACCCUCUGCCGUCAACGCCAUUGACGAGUUCAAGAAGUGGGCUGUCAACGAACUCAAGCACGAUCUUAACAAGAGCGUGACUGGUAAGUCAAAUCACAAACUUCUCUCCAAACAAACAACAAGCUAA